UGUCCAUACUGUGUGUUAUUUUAAACACCUCUAUCAUGUCUCCCCGUCCAAAAAAAAAUUCUAAGCUGACCAGUCCCAGUUUUUGUAGCCACUCCUCACAGGAGAACUGCUCCAGCCUCCCGGUCCUUUUUGUUGCCCUUCUCUGUAUUAUCUGCCUUUCUGUUUCUGUCCCUUCUUUAAGUUGUACACCUGAGGGAGGGGACUCUCUUGCUGUUUUUGCUGAACCCCUCUCAGCUGACCAUGGGGUCAAAAUGUGCCAGCAAAAUGUGCCACCUGGGUGAGCAUGCAGGAUUGGCCCACGCUGCCUGUGCGCAUGCCACAGAAUGCCACAGGGGAUGGUAAUAGACAUCUUUCCCAAAUCUUUGGUUUUCCCUUUCGCUCCCUCAAGCGUUGGCUUCCAGGCUUUUAACCAGCUUUUUGGAUGUCCCAUCUGGCAUACUUGGGCCUUUCUCCAAAGCUCGUGUGAAACAAGAAAUGGAAGUGCUGAAGUCUGAAAAGUAGGAACUAAGGACUCAACAUGAAUGGGGAAAGGAUUGCUUUGUCGCCGCCACAUCCUUCUCAUUGAAAGGAGCCUCAGCCAUGGAGGACAAGCGCAACAUCCAGAUCAUCGAGUGGGAGCACCUGGACAAGAAGAAGUUCUACGUCUUCGGCAUCUGCAUGACCAUGAUGAUCCGGGUCAGCGUGUACCCCUUCACGCUCAUCCGGACGCGGCUGCAGGUCCAGAAGGGGAAGAGUCACUACAACGGGACUUUUGACGCCUUUGUCAAGAUCCUGCGGGCAGAGGGGGCGGCCGGGCUCUACCGCGGCUUCUUGGUCAACACGUUCACCUUGAUCUCGGGCCAGUGCUACGUGACCACGUACGAGCUCACCCGCAAGUACGUCUCCCGCUACAGCAGCAGCAACACGGUCAAGUCGGUCGUGGCGGGAGGCUCUGCCUCGCUCGUGGCCCAGAGCAUCACGGUGCCCAUCGACGUGGUCUCCCAGCACCUGAUGAUGCAGCGGACAGGCGGCAGCAUGGGCCGCUUCCAGGUGCAGGCGCACAAGGACAAGCGCUUCCCCGUCUUCGGCCAGACCCGAGACAUCAUCGCGCAGAUCUUCAAGGCCGACGGGCUGCGAGGCUUCUACCGGGGCUACGUGGCCUCCCUGCUCACUUACAUUCCCAACAGCGCCGCCUGGUGGCCCUUCUACCACUUCUACGCAGAACAGCUCUCCAGCCUGACUCCCAAGGACUGCCCGCACCUCCUCCUGCAGGCGAUAUCUGGGCCAAUGGCUGCCGCAACUGCGUCCACCCUCACUAAUCCCAUGGAUGUCAUUCGGGCGCGCGUGCAGGUGGAAGGCAAGAGUUCCAUUAUUCUCACUUUCAAGCAGCUGAUAGCAGAGGAAGGCCCAGGGGGUCUCAUGAAGGGCCUCUCGGCCCGCAUCAUCUCGGCCACCCCUUCUACCAUCGUCAUUGUGGUGGGGUACGAGACGCUGAAGAAACUAAGCCUCCGCCCAGAGCUGGUGGACUCGCGGCACUGGUAGCAAAAGGGGGAGUGGAGAAACGGACGUCUCUCGAGUCUCUUGGACCAUCGCAAUGGUUGAAAAUUCACCAAAAAGCAAGCGUGGGGGCAGAAGCACUUUCUGAAGCAGCGCUGCUAGUGGAGAAUUGGGUGCAGGUGGCCGUGUGCAAGCAUUUCUUGGCCCCAGCAUUGCUCCCCUCGGGGAUCGAUUGCCACUCUCUGCAAAAGAAGCACCUACUGUAAAAACCCCUCGAGCUGUUCAUCUGUGAGGGAAGCCUGGCCCCACUCCCCAAACCUCAAUCCCAAAACUGAUUUUGAUUCUCCCUUUCAGUUUGCCAAAUCCCCACAGUGCGGGAGUAACUUUGUGCAAGACCCUCAGUUGGAGGUUGCCAACUGCAGCAGUGCCCGACACUUUGUUAAAAAGCAGUUCAUAAACAUGCAUCUGCCCAACUCUGAAACUUCUGACAGCUGAAGAUUUGAAAGGGGGCACACAUGCCAGAUGCCAGGAAUUGUUUUAAGAGACGCUGCUCUGACGCCUUGACAAGACGUGUAAAUACAUGUUUUCUUUUGGCUCAUCCUUGGAAGCCGGCUUGCCAGUCCCUUGCCCCAUUUCUGAUAUGUCAAAAGCGAUUUUAAAAGAAUUUCCUUUCUAGCCUGCAGCAGUUGUGGUGCACAAUUGUUGUGUUGUGUGUAUUUCUGUCUUCUGGGGGGAGCCCUAAAAUCCACUCUAGGGAGGAUGGCACCCCUUAUUCUGUGGCCUUUGCAAAUUGGAGUGUGUAAAAAUUAGAACCCUAAAAUUGCUUCCUCCUGCCAGUUCGUUUUCCUUCUAAGCACAAAGACACCUGGCGAUUCUCCUCUUGCAUCUCCUUGGGAAGGCAGGGUUCAGUUUUGCUGAAAUGUUUUGUAUAAUACCUAAUUUGAUCUUUGUAUGAGUGUCUCAUUCACUGAGUGACUGUUUUGUUAACCGGAAAGACAACGAUGUCGGUGGGCAGGAGCACUACUUCCUGCGCUGGUGGGAGCAGGUGGUCAGGUGCGUGUGCACCUGCGGCCUUCGGCACGGCAGAGCGGCCAGCCGGGACGGCAGCCUCUUAGAGUUGUGUGCUCCUGCGGGUGAAAUCUGUUUGGGCUCCCGCUUCAGCUGUUGGGACGGUGAGAGCAGAGCGUGGGUGCGGCAGGACCCGUGGCCGUGCGAGGGGCAUCUUCCCGCACCAGCUUCCCCGCUCGCCAGCGCAGCUUCAUUCUGGGUUCCUUGUUGUCCACAGUGCUCUGGUAGCCAUGGAAGACUGGACGGCUGUGAGCGCGGACAGGAGGCCGCAUUAUCGUGGAAACCAGUUCAGUCCCUCCAGUCGUAAGGGGAAAGGGGCUGAAAGCAGCACUGGGCAGGUGAUACUCUUUGCACUUUGGAUCUCUUCUCUGCAGCAAGCAGAAUGCUUUUUAAAAACUUGGAUCAGCGUUUACUCAAGUGCCAUAAUCAGAAACCAAGAGAGGCUGUAGGCCUUGCGAUGUUUGAAUGUUGUUCUCCAAGAAGGUUCAGUGGAGGAGUAUGUACUAUGGGACGACACGUAUUUAGUGUGAGGUGGCCACAGGAAGUGGCGGAUGCAGACGAGUCUCCCCUAAGCCCAUUCAGAGGUCUUGCCCCUCACUGAAAGGGUGGGGUAGCACCAGGCCAGCCUUCCCCAAGCUGGUGCCCUCCAGAGGUUUGGGGCUGCAGUCCUCUGCAUUCUUUGCCAUUGGCCAUGCUGACUGAGGUGAUCGGUGUUGGAGUCCAGAGCAGCUAGAAGGCACCCGGUAGGAGUGAGCUGAACUGAGCAGCAGGCCCCACCUUUUCCCGUAUUGCUUGUGGAGAAAGAGCUGGGAGAGAUGGCAUACACUGCACCAACUCUUCACCUGCCCCAGAUCAGCCUUGAACCGUCCCCAGCCUGGUGGACUCCCUUGUGUGGACUGCAGUUCCCAUCAUUCCAAUGCAGGCUGAGCAUUACUGGCGUUCAUGCCUCUGGAGAUCAGGCGGGGUGGCUUGGCUCUGGGGUGGAUCGGGGCAGGGGCGCACGGCUGCUCUGCACCGUGCCAGCUUGCCGGCCUGGCUGCCUCCCCAGGGCGCUGGGUGCUGCGUGGAGGAACUUGGGUUCGGUGGCGCAGGCCAGGCAAGAGUCUCGGCUCGGGGCAUUUUCAGCAGCAUGGGCACACGUGUUACGAAGGCCUGAUGGGGGUUGUGGGGAGUUUGGGUUUUUUGUAGAGCAGAGGAAUCUCUCCCAUCUGUGACCCCAAAAUUCUCAUACCACACAAUUAUUUUAUAUGUCGCAAAUAACAGAAUUUGGUUGGGUUUUGCCAAAUUGUUUCCUUGGUUUUUUGCUUUUGUAAUGGAGUGUUCAAAAGUAUUUCCUGAUCAAAAGCAAAGGCUCUUGGCUGAACUGACGUUCCCCGUUGGCAGGCUCCACACAUUCUUUGCUGUGUUACGCACUGGGGUGGUCUUGGUGAGCAACUGCUCUUGCUCCAAAUGCAGCUGAUGACCUGCUGGGCGUACCUGGGUGCAGGUGGGCUCCGGUCAGUUUCUUCAGUGAAGCAACUCAUCCCUGUGGGGGUCGGAUGGAUUAAUCCCUUCCUCCAAAGCGGCUGCGAUGGUUUUCCAGUGUUACACCACUGACUUCAGUUCAUCGGAUGUGCCACAGAUUCGUACGAAAAUACUGUAGCCCUCUUCUCGAUGGCUGGUACCUACAGUGCUGGUCCCUCCUGCUGGUUAAAGCACAGCUUAUGACCGGUAACGUGUUCGUUCUGGCGAAGUCUGUCCAUGUGCAUGCUAUGCCAAGUACAAAUAACCAAGUCUGGUAAUUUUUACAUAGUGGGCUGAGAUCUCGUUCCAUUCUUUAUCCACUUUUUAAAAGUGGCAUUGGUAUUCUGACUUAAUUGCUGUUUCUAAUCUUUAGUGCAAAGAGAAUCUGUAAGGAACGCCAGGGAACUGAUCUCCCAUCAACACACACCUCACUUUGAGCCGGGGGUGCAGAGCAAGCAGGGCCAAUGGGGGCUUCAGCAGCUCCCUGGUCUGAGGAUGUGCCUGCCGGCAUCUUGUCAAAAGGGAAGUGGAUUCCCAGGGGUCUCUGAUACUGGUGCCUGCUGCUGUUUCAAUGCAGAGUAUGGAUGUAUUUGUGUACAUGAAAAAUAGGUUCAAUUUUGCACUGUAAGAUGUCUCUGAAGUGUAAUUAAAUUUUUAUUAUUUAUUUGA